AUGACGGAAGGCGAGAGGCAGCAAAAUGCAGGUGGCACCAACGCCGCCCCACAGCACAGAAAGGGUCACAGGAGGCAAGAAUCAAUGUACGCGAUGACUGGGUUGUAUGCAGAAUCGAGUGGUGUAGAUGGCGCCGGCGACGAGGCAGGCUCGAGUGCUCCGCCGCAACCAUCGCACCCGCCAAGAGAUUCAAUAAAGUGCCACAGCCGGAAUCCCUCGGCUGGAAUAUGCGACAGAGAUCGCGAAAGGGACAAGGAAAGAGAAAAACCUCGACAGAUAUAUCCAGAAAUAUUAGACAUUCCUCAUGACGCAAGAGACUGCGGCAUUCUAUCAUGGAGACCGCUAUUUAUUCAGAGAUUUUCUAGUAUUAAAGUGUUUGUAUUUUUCCUUUCGUUCCUCGUGACAUUGCAGCAAGCUUUGAGCUCGGGCUAUAUAAAUUCUGUGAUCACAACAAUCGAGAAGCGGUUCGAAAUCCCUUCGAGUCUCUCAGGACUCAUUGCGAGCAGCUAUGAGAUUGGUAACGUCAUUACAGUGAUUUUUGUAUCAUAUCUCGGUAGCAGAAGACACAUUCCAGUUUGGAUCGCAGUCGGUGCCGUAAUAAUGGGCAUCGGAUCAUUAGUGUUCGUAGUUCCACAUUUUAUUGCGGAAGUGAACAGUGAAACGCUGAUGAAUAAUAAGUCCGAAGAAAACAUAUGCCGGUUGCCGCACCCUUUAGCUCAGGACAUGGCUUUGGGACAACUCUCGCCGGGUAUACCACCAAGCAACUUGAGGCCAGAUAAUUGUAUCAAGAGUUCUCCAAGCACGUUUCUGCCAGUGAUGGUAUUCAUUGUGGCUCAGCUGUUGCUUGGAUGCGGCGGUUCGCCUCUCCUCACUCUGGGCACUACCUAUGUGGAUGACCACGUGCGUCCAGAAUCUUCCAGCAUGUAUAUUGGUUGCAUGUACAGCAUGGCAGCGUUUGGCCCAGUGUUAGGUUUCCUCCUCGGUGCUUACUUGCUGUCUUUUCACAUGGACUCCUUCUCCAGUGCUAACAUAUCAAUUGGUCCUGGCGACCACCGUUGGGUCGGUAUGUGGUGGGGCGGUUUCCUGCUUUGUGGUUUCCUGCUUAUUUUGGUCGCUAUUCCUUUCUUCUCCUUCCCAAAAGUGUUAGUACGUGAAAAAGAGAAAAUCAGGCUUGUAGAAAAGGCCGCAGCAGCUAACGGAGCUUCAACAUCUAAACCUCCGCCAAAGCCACAGACCGACAUAAAAGAUACCGGAUACGGAAAAGAUAUCAAAGAUAUACCGGUGUCGAUGUGGCGCCUGCUAAAGAAUCCUGUGUACGUAGUGACGUGUCUGGGUGCCUGCAUGGAACUUAUGAUAGUGUCUGGCUUUGUGGUUUUCUUGCCCAAGUAUUUGGAAACUCAGUUCAGUCUAGGCAAGAGUCAAGCCAGCAUGUUUACAGGUUCCAUCGCGAUCCCAGGCGCGUGCAUUGGCAUCUUCAUGGGCGGGUGCCUGCUCAAGCGACUGGAGCUGCGGCCGAAAGGCGCCGUGCAGUUCGUGCUCAUAUCGAACACGAUAUGCUUGUCCUGUUACGCGCUGCUUUUCUUCCUCGGAUGCGACAAUAUCAAAAUGGCUGGCACUACUAUACCGUACACAAAUAACAGCAAUCUGGAACCAUUUAAAGUGAAUCUAACAGCGGCGUGCAAUUUCAAUUGUCUGUGCACGGAGACCGACAUGGAGCCAGUGUGUGGGAACAAUGGGCUGACGUACUUCUCGCCGUGCCACGCCGGCUGCGCCGCCUUCUCCUCCAGCUCCAACUUCACUAACUGCGCUUGCGUGCACGAGAACAGUCGCGAGAGCAUGACGUCCGCGGUCGUGAGCGGCGCCUCGGUGGCGGCGCUGCGCGGGGCGGGGGCGGGGGUGGGGGUAGGUGCGGGGGGCGGGGCGGCGCGCGAGUACAGCGAGGUCACCGUGGUGCCCGUGGCCACGGCCGGCGCCUGCAACCCGCCCUGCACCACCAUCUUCCCCUUCCUCGUGCUGCUGUUCUUCAUGACCUUCGUGGUGGCCGUCACGCAGAUGCCGCUGCUCAUGAUCGUGCUGAGAUCAGUGAGUGAAGAAGAACGUUCGUUCGCACUCGGUAUGCAAUUCGUGAUAUUCCGUUUGUUUGGAUACAUCCCGGCUCCCAUCCUGUUCGGCAACCUCAUCGAUUCGACGUGCUUGCUAUGGAAACAAUCUUGUAGCGGAGAAAAGGGAGGCAGAUGUUUACUUUACGAUAUUGAACAGUUUAGAUAUAGAUAUGUCGGUCUAUGCGGGGGUAUAAAGAUCGUGGCGCUGGGCAUAUUCCUGGCCGACUGGUGGCUCGUCCGCCGCCGCAGGCACCUGGAGACGUCGCCGCCUCUCGAUCCGCACAAGGACAUCGCUGGCUCCAUCAUCAGUCUCGAUAAAUUGUUCGAGGAACUUCCAUCUGCGGACAACGCAAGCGGGUUUCGUUCACGGAUCAUGUCCGGCGUGAGCUCUGCGACCACCACGCCUAUGGAGCCGAUGGCCGUGACCACCGAAAUGUCACACGACCCGCACAGACCCAACUUACAGCGAACGGAGUCGCAGUACUCGCAGGACUCUCAGACUAGGACCGCGACCAAAAAUUCGCGAGUGCUAGUCGCGUCUAGACACCUUCGCAACGACUCCAAGACCAUUCAGCUCGAGCCCCGCGCUCGCCAGCACUCGUUCGACGAGCCGGAGCGCGGCCGGCCCGUGCGAAGCGAAUCUCGCGAGUCGCGGGAGUCGCGCCGCGAGUUCCCGCGCUCCGCGUCCCGGGACAUGGCGCAACACUCGCGCUCCGGCUCGCGGGACUUCCGCGUGCACUCGCGCUCCGACAGCCGCGAGCUCAGCCUCGAGCAGCUCAAGCACCUGGCGCUGAAGAGCGUGGAGAGCCUGGACCUGACCGUGCUGCCGCUGGCGCGCUGCGCGGACGACGAGAGCAAGCGCCUCAUCGAGUCGGGCGCGCUGCGUCACCGCCGCACGGGCUCGCGCGACUGCAAGGCGCCCGAGCGGCCCGCCUCGCGCCACAAGCGCACGUCCAGCCACCACCUCACGCUGGAGCCGCCCGAGCUCAGCCUGCCCGUGCACAAGGGCCGCAGCGUGGACCAGCUGGCCCACGCGCGCCUCGACCCCGCCGUCUGA